AUGAGCGCCUCAACCAUAGCAAAAAUCACUUCACGAUGGGAAGGUUUUGUCCGAAAUCUAGUCAACGCAAAGGACUCCAUCAUACGCUGCUACGAGGCCUUAAAAGGGUCCGUGCUAUGGAUACUACACCUACCAAACGCCGCGGCUACGGUCGUCUCCCGCUGGAUAAGCAGCACCGGUCGAGCGGUCAGCGAUGUGGGCCAGAUGAUCAAGGCUGCCAUACAAGCAAUACUCAGAGUACUAGUCAUUGGAGUCAUAACGGUCCUGUCGCUCAUGCUCCUUUGCGUUACUGUCCUGGUGUUGGUGAAGGUCUAUCGAACGUACCAACGCAAGAGACACCUUCGGAGACAACAUAAGCUGAAUGCACAACGUCGGAAGGAGGACGUUGAGCGAAGAGCGCGGGAACGGCAGAAGCAAGCCCGUGAAGCCCAACGACGUGCCGCCAACGAUCACCAUGUUUACCGGCAGUAG